AUGGAGGACCAGGUGCACAAGCCUCAUCGGAAGGCGAAGGAUAAAAAGAAUAAGCAGCACACUGGAGAGAAAAACCCCAAGGCCUUUGCCUUCUCCAACCCCGGAAAGCUUGCAAGGUCCGCUGCGAGAUCUUCAGACAUCAAAGAGAGACGCUUCCAUGUUCCCCAAGUCGACCGACUCCCCGACGAGCCGCCUCCGAGGCUGGUCACCAUCGUCGGACCUCCCGGUGUCGGCAAAACGACCCUGCUUAAGUCGUUGAUCAGACGAUACGCGAAAGAGACUCUAUCCGACCCUCAAGGCCCCAUCACCGUUGUCACCUCCAAGAAACAGCGAUUGACCUUUGUCGAGUGUCCCAAUGAGCUCGAGGCGAUGGUCGACAUGGCCAAGAUCGCAGACAUUGUUCUGCUAAUGAUUGAUGGAAAUUACGGCUUCGAGAUGGAGACAAUGGAGUUUCUCAACGUACUUGCCGCCACCGGUAUGCCUGGCAACGUUUUUGGUAUCCUCACGCAUCUCGAUCUGUUCCGGAAACCCCAGGCCUUGAAGGAUGCGAAGAAACGGCUCAAGAGAAGGCUAUGGAGCGAGUUAUACCAGGGCGCGCAUCUUUUCUUCCUUUCUGGAGUCAUGAAUGGCCGCUACCCUGACCGUGAGGUCCACAACCUUUCUCGCUUCCUGUCCGUCAUGAAGAACCCCCGACCCCUGAUCUGGCGUAAUUCGCAUCCCUAUGCCAUCAUCGACAGCUACAGAGACAUCACCCACCCAACAAAGAUUGAGGAGGAUUCCAAGUGCGACCGUUCCGUCGUCUUGUCGGGAUACUUGCGCGGCACCAACUUCGCUUCGCAGGGUCAGAGAAUCCAUGUCCCAGGACUCGGUGACUUUACCGUAGCAAAUCUAGAAGUCCUCCCGGACCCUUGCCCGACCCCGGCCAUGGAGCAAGCCAUCGCCAAGGUUACCGGAAAGACGACGCGGCGGCGCCUGGAUGAAAAGGAAAAGAAGCUACACGCACCUAUGUCUGACCGCAGCGGUCUCAAGAUUGACGGCGACGCCAUCUGGAUCACGAGAGAAAAGGGUUUCACUUUCGACAAGGACGGCGAGGAGGGAGAAAUGGGCGAGGGUGAGGAACUCAUCGUCGGACUCCAGGGCGAGCGAAAGCUCUUGGGUCAGACUGAAGAGGGUGUUCAGCUCUUCAAAGGAGGCGAACAAGUUAAACAAAUCGCCGAAGACGAUGACACCGGCAGAAAGACCCACAGACAAGCACGUUUUGCUGACCGCGACGAUGACUCCGAGGUCGAGGUCGAUGAUGAGGGCUUUAUCAGCGGCGAAGAUGAGGGUGAAUCCGACGUUGAGGAGGAGUUCAACGAGGGCAAGCUGGGUAAAAUGUUCCGGAAGGCCGCCGAAAAGGACGCCGACGAAGAGGACAUUGCUUUCGCCGAUAGUGACUCCGACCUCGGCUCGUUAUCAGGGGUGGAAGACGAUGACGAAAACGAUGUGGACACGGACAACGAAGACUUCGACUCGGACGAGGAGGCUGCAGCUAUGAAGUGGAAGGAAAACAUGGCAGAACGCGCCAAAAAGCUCCACGGCAAGCGGCGCUCCUACCAUACACCAGACCUGGCCAGGUUCAUAUACGACGACUCUCUGACGGCGGAAGAGGCGCUGCAGAAAUGGCGGGGCGAGGACCAGGACGAGGAAGACAUCGAAGCGGAUGAAGAGGACGACUUUUUCCAGAAGUCCAAGCAGGACAAGGAGGACAAGGUGGAGGACAGAUCGAUACCCCAGUACGACUACGAAGAUCUGGCAGCGAAGUGGUCACAAGCAGCAAAUGUCGAAGCUCUGAGAAAGCGCUUCACUACCGCGGGACAGCGUGACGAUGAUGGCGAAGAUGGCGAGGACGAAGACGAGUUUGACGGUAUUGACGACGAGGACGAAGAUGACCAAGGCGACGGUGUCUUCGAGGAUCUCGAGACCGGUGAGCAACAUGGAGGCGAAGAUUCCGUCGAGCAUGAACCCACCGAAGAAGAGAUUUUUGAGCAGGAGCGUGAAAAGAACGCGAAGCGGAAAGAAGAGCUCAAGCUGCGCUUCGAGGAGGAGGACAGGGAGGGCUUCAUGAAUGACAAGGCCAACGCUCGGCGAGAGGGCGGCGACCAGGAGUUCGGUGAAGACGACUGGUACGAGGCACAAAAGGCCGUCAUCCAGAAGCAGCUCGACAUCAACAAGGCCGAGUUUGAGACACUCGACGAGAGGCAAAGGGCCGCGGUCGAGGGCUACCGGGCCGGCAAGUACGCCAAGAUUGUGCUCGAGGGCGUCCCGGCCGAAUUCGUCACCAAGUUCAACCCGCGCAAUCCCAUCAUCCUCGGCGGUCUGUCGCCCACCGAAGACCGCUUCGGCUUUGUGCAGGUGCGUAUCAAGAAGCAUCGCUGGCACAAGAAAAUCCUUAAGACCAACGACCCGUUGAUCUUUUCGCUCGGCUGGCGGCGGUUCCAGACGCUCCCCAUAUACAGCAUCUCGGACUCGAGAACGAGGAACCGCAUGCUCAAGUACACGCCGGAGCACAUGCACUGCUUCGGUACCAUCUACGGUCCGCUCAUCGCACCCAACACGGGUUUUGUGUGCUUCCAAUCCUUCUCAUCGGCGAACCCCGGCUUCCGGAUAGCGGCGACAGGCACAGUCCUCAGCGUCGACGAGUCGACCGAGAUCGUCAAGAAGCUCAAGCUCACGGGUACGGCGGACAAGAUCCACAAGAACACGGCCUUCAUCAAGGGCAUGUUCAAUACGUCGCUCGAGAUUGCAAAGUUCGAGGGCGCGUCUAUCAAGACGGUGUCGGGCGUGCGCGGUCAGAUCAAGCGCGCGCUGUCCAAGCCCGAGGGCCAUUUCCGCGCCACAUUCGAGGACAAGAUUCUGUACAGCGACAUCGUGUUCCUGCGCGCGUGGUAUCCGAUCAAGCCGCACCGCUUCUACAACCCCGUGACGAACCUCGUCGGGUGGCAGGCGAUGCGGCUGACGGGCGAGGUGCGCCGGGCCGAGGGUAUCGAGACGCCGCUGCAAAAGAACAGCCAGUACCGCAAGAUCGAGCGCGAGACGCGCCACUUCAACCCGCUGCGCGUGCCCCGCGCGCUCGCCGCGGAGCUGCCCUUCAAGUCGCAGAUCGUGCAGGCGCGCAAGCAGAAGAAGGACACGUACAUGCAGAAGCGUGCCGUCGUGUUAUCCAAGGAGGAGAAGACGGCCCGCAAUCUAUUGCAGCAGCUGUCGACGAUCCGGAACGACAAGGUGGCCAAGCGUGCCGCCAAGAAGGAGGAGAAGCGUGCCGAGUACCGGAAGAAGGUGGCCGAGUCCGAGGAGAAGAAGGAGGCAAGGGAGAAGAAGGAGAGCAAGGAGUUUUGGCGCAAGAACGGCCGCAAGCGCCAGGCACCGGAUGAGGGUGCUGGCGGUGGCGGUCAGAAGCGCAGAAAGUAG